GACGGUGAACAUUAUCUUCUUCCCAACACAUUAAAUAAUGACAGAAAUGGGUUAAAGUCAAACAACCAGGAGACAGGAUCCAUGCAUUGACUGACACCCACAGACUAAACUAACUACACGUCCUUAACACUCUAUUAUAGUUUUAUAGAUUAGCCAUCAGCCAUGAUACACUUAAGUCCUCAUGGAGUCAGGCAAGAGGACAGUUCGAAGAAAAAGAUGCGAGGGUUCGAAACUGUACACCCUCUUGAGUUUAUUAGAGGGCUAGACAGCGAGCUGGCUUUCCUAAAACAACUCCAAAAAUUCUCAACCGGGAUCCAUCACUUUUUUUUUUCUUUUCUUUUGGGGUUCGCCAUUUCCCAAAGUUUUUAAUUUCUUGUUUGAAAAAACUGAGGAAGCUCACCUCCUCCAUCAUAUUAUUCACCAGUUUCUUCCGCCGGGGCUUCAUGUUAGUAUAAGAGACCAGCAAGAACCAGCACACAUUCAUUUCUCAUCCAAAGGUGCUUUCCCAAUGCCUUCUACAAUAGGAAUGCUACUGUUGUGACGCUUCGAAUGCUGUCGCUUUUCUCACGAUCCAGCAGCCGGUCCUCUGUUUUAUCCAUCGAGCUCUUCCCUCUCACAAAACGUUUCGAGACAGAAACCCAAGUGAGGACGCCACAGAUUCCUGGGUGACCCUCUCCGCACCCUCAUCUACAAAGAAGGUGGAAAGCCCUCAGCUCUUCUCCCUUGUUAUUUAAGGUAUUGGAACUCGACUUGUUGUAUCCUUUUGGAUUUUCUUGCAGGAAUCAGCAUUAGAAAGAAACCCAUCUGAAGCUGCCCCUCCUGAUCCCCUCUGUAAGCUCAACCUCGGAGAAACUUCAGAGUCUGUGAAGGCGUUCCCUAUGGCUUCAGCUCAGAGGCAGAGGAGAUCGGUGGAGGCCCCUCCAACUCCAGGGAGGACAGUGUUCAGCUUCAGUGCUGGUAAUCUCUCGAGGAAGAGCAUUCCAUCGAAGUGGGACGAUGCCGAGAAGUGGUUGAUCGGUGGCUCUUGCCAUGAAUCUCCUGCUCAUAUCACCAAAGCCUCAGACUCAUCGAAGAUCUCUAGAGCAAAUGGUGUUGUUGGCAAAAAAGAUGACGCCUUUGCGAAGGAAAAGGUCUCAACAAGCUUUCAGGGGGAGACAACUUUCUCCUCAGAAGUGGCACUAAGAGACAAAUUCACAGACAAUGUAGAGCCGCCCCGUCAAAAUUUUCGAUAUUCUGAUCCAACUGAAGAAAGCUUUCUCUUUAGAGGCUCUUGUUGUGAAUCAGUGAGAGCUGCGACGACUAAAGUAGCCUCUGAGGCUCGACGCAGAGAUGUGACUCCUUCGUCCAGCAUUCUGGCUUCAAGAUGCCACGCUCCUAACAAGAUCUCUUCUCCUGCAAGACACAACACUCCAGCUGACAUGUCUGGUCCUCUGAUGACUGCAAAUACCGCCCUCGAUAUCACUGAGCUCAAAGACUGUCACUUUGCCAAGCUCCAGCUCAGUGCUCAGUACGAUUCAAAGAAUUGGGACUCAAGGGAAGAGGAAGAAGCAGAAGUAUCGAAGAGUCUUAGGCAUUCAGAUAAUGGCGGUGGAAGGAAGAGUUUUGCUGAAACCAGAGCCUGUCAGUGGGAACAUGAAGAGAGGAUCAAGAUUUGCAUCAGGUAUCAGAGGGAGGAAGCAAAAAUUCAGGCUUGGGUAAACCUUCACAGUGCUAAGGCUGAAGCCCAGUCCAAAAAAUUGGAGAUGAAGAUACAAAAGAUGAGAUCAAACUUAGAAGAGAAGACGAUGAAGAGAAUGGCAAUUGUUCAAAGAAGAGCUGAAGAGUGGAGAGCAGCAGCUCAGCUACAACACUCUCAGCAAAUCCUAAGAGCAUCUGAACAAGCCCAGAAGAUGAGAACCCUUCAAACCUCUCCGGUUUCUUGCGGCUGCUUUCCUUGCAAUAAUCAUCUCUGAAAACGAGUUACACCCAGAAGAAAAAUACUGUUGAAUUUCAUUAAUUAUUAUGAUUAUUUCAAAAAUGUGAUCCUAAAAAAGUUGCUCCGUGAAUUGAAUGAAUGAACAAGACAACGACAUUUUCCAAACCAUUGGAAAAAGAUCCCCCCUUGACGCCAAAAAAGAAAUCCCAUCCAGAGCUUCCUUCUUUGUGUAAUUUUGUGCUACGCAAGGAGGCGGCAUUGAUUCAGACUGUUGGAUGAGCCACAUGCUUCUUUCUCUCAAUGGAGAGGAGAAAGGACGCAACAUGGGACCUUCAAUGAUUCUCAUGAGGUACGUUGAGAUCAUGGACGCAAACAAAACAGGUCUUGUUAACUCCUACAGAACCUUUUCUCUAAAGGAGAGUUGAUUGGCCUCUUUUCUUCAGUAUGAAGAAAACAAUCAGAAAAUUUACAUUCUGAUCAUGUUGUUUACAUGACCCUGUAGUCCAAAUCAAAUCAUCUAACAAAAUUUACAUGUUGUGAUCGUUGACGCGUCAAUAUGAUUAGCGCCAAGCCCCUACCUACCACUGCCAUUAGUGUAUUGGUAGUUGGCCACGCAAUGACAAAUAUGAGAAGCAAUGACUCUCUUGCUCAAUGUGUAAGACCCUUUCAAAGAAUCAUAUAUAGAUAUGUUUUACUUUCA